CAAUAGCAAUCGUCCAAUAUCAAUCUGUCAUUUACUUUGUUUUAGUCGGUUUGAUUACGUCGGAGGUUUUAGUACGAGUUUCUCAUUGAUUGCGGUCAAUACGUUUGUUGGACGUUUUGAAUCAAUUCAUCAAAAUGGUGAUUGAUAUUAAAAUGUGCCGUUUCGAAAAUGUACCCUGGGGUUUUACACUUGUCGGCGGUGCGGAUUUUGAAUAUCCAUUAACGGUGGUGAAGGUUACUGAGGGCAGCAUUGCUCAGGAAGCGGGACUUAAAGUCGGUGAUGUAAUUGUGCGCAUUAAUGAUACUCCGACAUCUCCAUUAACUCACGAAGAAUCUCACAAAGUUAUAACAAAAUGCGGCAAUGUAUUUUUCCUUGGAAUAAAAAGGGAAAACGAGGAGCAGCAUGUAAAGCCGAAUUACUUUCCAACUACUAAUAGAACCAUACCAACAACUCCAACAAGUUUUAUGGAGGUCACGGAACAACCUCGGUUGCCAACAAGUUUUAUAAGUGCAGUGUCGCCACAACCGAAGGCUGUGUCACCAAAACCGAAGGCAGAAGAAAGUUUGCCAGUUGAGAGACCUCCCUCUCCGAUACCACCACUUGGCACAGAACCCUGCUUAGAGGCUAAAUCUCCGGUACCACAUCUUUCUAUUGACAACUAUACGGAAACUUUUGCCAGGGGAAGAUCACCAUCGCCCAUGACACCAACGAAUUUUGUUGCUGUGGUGGCAGUACAAACAAAGGUCAAUAUGCCAGCAGUUAGAUCACCUUCGCCCAUACCACCCCUGGGAACUGAACCAUGUUUAGAAGCGAAAUCUCCAGGACCAUAUCUAAUGACGGAACAGACGCCUGAAGCAUUGACAAAAGCAAGAUCUCCAUCGCCAAUACCAGAAAUUCGCACUGAGCCCAAUUGGGAUUCAACAUCUUUGCUACCCACGGUCAAUGGCGAUCAAACAUUGGCUAAUCGACGAUCAACAUCGCCAUUUACACGCCAAACAUUGGAAUAUCGUCCAUCGACAGUUUUUUUGCAAGAUCCACUGGAAUUUCGACCAUCACAAUCGCCGAUACCAUUUUCUCCCUACUUGGAACCUGACGAAACGAAUGAAACUGCGGAAAAUAACGAACAGCAGCAGCAGAAUGAUGCCAAUCAGAAUGGGGAUAAUGGAAACGAUGAAUAUGUCGAAAAUCCAGAGGAUAGACCCAAUUCUGUGCUAUCCGAGGAAAGUGAACGUAAAUUGGUAGAAGAUGAAAUAGCUGCUGUUCUAUCAGAUGCCACUGAUAUUGUAGCCAAUGAGCUGAAUCAUCCAGGUAGUAAUAUUUAUAGGCUUUAUCCGAAACCCGGUGUCUGUAUGAGCAGUCAAGUUUUGCGUACCCUUAGCGAGGAGGCUUCAAAAACCAAAUUAGAAAAGGAGAAAGAGAACCGCAGAUGGACCACGUUUUUGCAAAAACCUAACCGUCCCAUACCAAAAAGUAAAUUACAAUUGGAAGCAGAAAGGCGUGCUGCCAACGCCUAUAAGGUGAAAAUUGUAAAAUCUGCACCAAGGUCAUCGCGUUCGGUGACCCCAAUACCAGAGGUUAAACCAGAACCUGUAAAGGAACCAACACCGCCACCACCAGUUGUUGAACCUGAACCAGAACCUGAACCCGAACCAGAGCCUGAAGCUCCAACUCCGGUUGAUACGGAAGUCCCCAAUUUGGAAGAAGUCACUGAUUCCGAAACAUUAAAAAAUACACAAAAUUACCAAAAGACAGAGGAUGCAGAGGAGGAGGAAAUUGAAAAAUCCGACAAGGAAAAAGAAACCACUCCUGAAACUAAAGAAAUGGAAUGUCCUCAAGAGGAUACUAAUGUUCAAGAGCAAAAAAAUGUAGACGAAGUAACCAUGGCGGCUGAUGUGGAAAAAACUGAAGAAGAAUUAGAAUUGGAACGUCAGUUGGCUGAUGUUCAAAGGCAAUUAGCUGCUCUAUCUAAUCUUCCUAGUACCAUACAAUCGACACUGGAUACCGUUACACGUCAAUUGGCAGAUUUAUUGCCAACAUUUAAAUUACAACAGGAAAAACAAAAAUCUCCUGAGGCACGUGAAAUAAGCUUGGAAAGGAACGACGAACAACAAUCCGACAAUGCAGUUCCCCAACGGCGUUUAUCGCUUUCGCCUUUCCCACUCUGUCCAGAUGGUAAAAAUACGGAUAUUACGGCCAAUGACAUCGUAGCAGAUAAAUGUCAUGAAUCAGACGAGAAAGUGGAUGAUGGUAGCAACAUCAGUGCCCUCAGUCAACAGCAGGAGCAGGAUAAUAAAGCCAACGAACAAAUUGCGAAUGACACUAAUGAAGCGCGUGAUACAAUUGACAAGAAUCCAAUUAACCAAAAGGAAGUGACUUCCACCUACAGGUCCGGGACCAUUUCAGAGGAGACCCAACAGAUGGAGGAUGAGCAGAAAUUAAAAAAACAAAAGGACCACAAACACGAAGUCAUUGGCGAGCUGGAAGAACAUUUGGAGCGCAAGAGUAAUCCUAAACGUUCGAAACGAGCUUUUGGCCCUUUAACACCAGCCUCGGACCGUCCCUUGGUAUUGCCCGGUGGUCGACGUUGGUAUCGUCCCAAGGAUGCCUACAAUGAUGAAUUCAUUGCCGAGACAUUAAGUGCUCAGGCAGAGCUUAUUACCGGCUCCACUUUGGGAGUCAACUUUUUAAAGUAUCAAAAGCCCGAAAAGAAAAUCGACUUAAAUAGAAGUGAAGUGUACAAAGUAGUACAUCAUUUGGACCGACAGCCAGUGCGCGGAAUUGAAGUGCGGGCACCCGUUGUACCAUCAGAAGCAGAUAUCCGAAAGGCAGCACAGUCUUCCUAGGAAGUUCUGUCCAUUACAACAUCAAAUAAACAUCUGCACAUCUACAUCCAUACAUACAUA